AUGUGCAGGAGAUGCCUUCUCGCGGGAGGAGCUCAACACACCUUUACUCUUCGGGAGGGCGUCAAGUUCCACGAUGGAUCUGACUGGAACUGCGCCGUUGCCAAGCUCAACUUCGACCACGUUCUGUCCCCGACGGUCAAGCAACGCCACGCGUGGCUGGGGACAGAACCGAGCAGCUGCAACAGCGCGGGACAAUUUGUCCUCGAGACGAAGAACGCUUUCUACCCUCUUCUUCAGGAGCUCAGCUACAUCCGCCCUCUCUCACGAAACCAACGCCGACGGAGUCGAGUCGACAUCAAAGCCGUCUUCGCCCGCCACGACGACUACUGGGGCGGCGCUCCUGAGAUCGAAUUCCUGCACAUUCGGUACUACGAGACCAGAGCGGCCGCACACUGCUCGGUACCCCCCCUGCACACCUAA